AUGAGGCCACAGUUCCCUUACGACCGCUCACUUGCACAGCCUCCUAGUCGUUACGGGUACAUGCGGCUUCAUGAUGAAUGGUUCGCACAGGAACGACGGACUCCGGAACAUCUACGCGAGACCAACAGUCUUGACGUUGCUUGGUUCUUCUGA